GCGAAUUGUUGUUGGAGAAGCGAAAACAAAACAAAAUUUGUUUACGCAGAAAAAUAUUCAUGCUUUUGGCUGAAUCUAGACGACUCGAUUGCAUAUUUUGUCUUAUAUCACUUAGUAAUGGCCGUCAAUAUCUACGGCCCGAUGCCUAACCAUCCACCCAAUCCCAACCCGAUGGACUUGAUUGCCAUCAAGGAUAUCUAUCCGGGUUUGAAGAAUAUCAACGUUAUCUUCAUCAUCCUUGAAAUUGGGCCCGUUACACUGACGAAGGAAAAUCGAGAAGUGCGCACCUUCAAGGUGGCGGACCAGAGUGCCGCGAUUAACGUGUCGAUUUGGGAUGAACCAGGAAAACAGCUUUCACCGGGCGAUAUUGUGCGGCUGACGAAAGGAUAUGCCGCUAUUUGGCGACAGUGUUUGACGCUGUACUCCGGCAAGAAUGGCGAGAUAGUUCGUCUGGGGGAUUUUUGCUACAACUUUAACGAGAUGCUUAACAUGAGUGAACCGAACCCGAACCUGAAUCCCUCGAUGCCACAACCAAUCCUCAACAAUGGAACCGGCACCGGUCCUAACAGUGGCGGCACUAACAACAAUGGUACUGGAAAGUCGAUCGGAUCAACCGCCAAACCCAUGCCUAACAGUGGACCAUUACAUCCCGGCGGCGGAGGUCCGCCGCAACCGAAACCUCACUCUGCCACCACCAGGUAUUCCGUUGCAGCGGCUGCUGCUGCGGCAUCGACCACACCACCGGCGCCUAGCAUAAUGAAGCCAUCUCAAAAGAAUUCACCGCGUGCGGGACGAAAUAACCAGGGAAAAGGUGCAGCCGUUAAGAACGAUCGGAGAUAA